UGACAGAGAACAUUGAAUGCCUAUCUCAUGGUGCCAAUAUCACAGUCAUGUGGCUGCAUCCCAGAACUCCUACUGUUCUGUAUGAAAACCUACACUGCAGUAUUGAGAUGCUUUUGAAACUCCUACAGUCCUUGCCUUUAGACUUUAAUAGUUGAUGAAAAUGCAGAAAGCCAGUCAAAAUGAAAGGAGUCAGAGUUUUGAUUAAACUCAGUUGACAUUACAGUUCCAUAGUUGACUCCGCGCUGUCUGACUGACAGCUUUAUUUAUAGCCCUUCCCAAAUAUUAAAUUCAAAUGGGCACGACUUCUCCAUGCCGUCUCCAUUUAUGCAAAUUUCCAAUGCAUUGAUGUAUUCAGGUAUUCCGGUGCACUGAGGUGGUUAUACCUUUGAUGGUUGGAACCUUGUAUCACCAUGUUUCCAGGACAUUAGAAUUGUGAGCUCCCUUUGCAGAAAGUUGAUUUUUGAGUUACUUUACCUUGCUGCUUGGCAUUUGGUGAUUCUCCCAAUGCAGAUUCCUCUAGCUGAUUUUUUUAUUACAUUACCUGGGCUACCAGGUUUUAGUUGGCGUGUUCAGGAAGUUUCAUUUUUAAUGGGAAGGGGCGGGGACGGGGUAGAUGCUCUUUGGUUGUACAGAGUUCCACUAUGGCCCGUACCGAUGAUGCCUUUAACUUUCCCAAUUUGGCAACAACAUCCUUAUUUUACCAGCGCAACUUGUACUGAAUGAAAAUGUGUUUGACUUGUUUUCAUUUAGAUGCAACUCACAACUUUAGUGCUCGCUAUAUAAAACAUGCAAUCGACCCAGGUCAGCAGCGGGAAGGAACAAGGUGAUAACUCGCUGUAUACGGUGGAGGUUGGAAGUUAGGGAGACCUCACAUGCAUCCUCCUGCCUGUGUGCGCGUCUCUCCGGGUACAGGCAACACAGUUGCGGGCUCGACCUGCUGACCUCCAGGCUGAUAGAUACUUGUCCGUGACAUUGUGACGGAACACGCACAGCUCCCGAACCGGGCACGUGAGGAGGAGACUGACAGCGAGGAAGAGAAAGGGGGGCGGGUUCAAUCCCAGCGCCGGCCCCAAGCAGCACGGACACACAGCUUUAGUCACUUUCCCAGUCACCUCUGAAGAGAGAGCCUGUAAAAGCUGUAAACUGCACAUCAGCCCCGACAGCUUCCAGACAGACAGCAAGCGUGCAAUUCGUCUGCAGUAAAGAAUCCAUUCAGGAUGUACCAGGGGCACAUGCAGGGGAAAGGCGCUAGGGCUGCAGAUAAGGGUGUUACCAUGGUGAUGAAGGAGAUACCGAGGGAGGAGUCUGGAGAAGGAAAACCCCUCCUCACUGUGACAUCACAGCUGGUGAAUGAACAACAGGAGAGUCGACCCCUCCUGAGCCCCUCGAUUGAUGAUUUUCUACUUGAAGCAAAAGCCGAUAGAGUUUCACGUACACCAACAUCAAACACAGCAGUUUUGUCACCAGCUUUGGAUCUUUUGGACCUUACGGAGCCAGCUAUGACGAGCAGUAAUAAGACAAAGAAAUCCGAUGUUCCAUCAAGAAAUGAAGCAGCUAAAUCUGCUUCCUUUAGAAAAGAGCAAGACGACACUGAGCUAAUCAAAGUGGAAGUUGAACAAAAUAUUCAGAAUGUCAAAACCUCACCGAGACCAUCACUGGAUACUGUCAGUAUGCCUCCACACUUAGAGAAAUGGGAAGAAGUAAAUCUACAAAGUGCUAAAACCCCUGAGGAUCAAUGGGUACCAGAAAGGAGACGCUCCAACAGAACUACCUCACAGGAGUUCUUAUGGUCAACAGAAAAUAAGAUCCCAUCUGAACUUGCGUCUGGUAAAAAUUCGUUGGAACUACAUUCAACAUCGACAGAUUUGGACCAAGUGCAAACAGCACAGACUCGGAUGACCAAGGAACAACGCUGGGGAAGUGCGUUACUGACCCGAAAGCAUUCAACAGAGGAAGAGUUUGAAAGAGCAAAGGCAGCAGUCGAGUCCGACACAGAAUUCUGGGAUAAAAUGCAAGAUGAAUGGGAAGAAAUGGCACGUAGGAAUUGGAUAGCAGGAAGUGAACAGCCAGCAACAAAUUCAAAUAUCUCCCCACAUGAGAAGGGCUAUUAUUUUCACACCGACAAUCCCUUCAAAGACUGGCCCAAUGCAUUUGAGGAAGCUCUUAAAAAGCAGAAGGAAGGAGAUCUGCCCAAUGCUGUCUUACUAUUAGAAUCAGCGAUUUUGCAAGAUCCCUAUGAUGCAGAGGCUUGGCAGUACUUGGGUACCACACAAGCAGAUAAUGAAAAUGAACAGGCUGCCAUUGUUGCUCUCCAGAGAUGUCUAGAACUGCAGUCUUGCAACUUGGUUGCUCUGAUGGCAUUGGCAGUAAGCUUGACCAACACAGGUCUGCAACAAGAGGCCAGUGAAGCCCUGAAAAACUGGAUUAGACAUAACCCCAAGUACAAAUAUCUAAUACGGGGGAAAACUGGCUCUCCAGCCCUUGGGAGAAAAGAAUGUAAAGAAACUGAUGACAGUUCAUCCCUUGCAGAAGUGAAAGACUUGUUUUUGAAAGCAGCCCAACAGAAUUCUGAUACAAUAGAUCCAGACCUGCAGACUGGACUAGGUGUACUCUUUAACCUCAGUGGAGAAUACAAUAAAGCUGUUGAGGCAUUCAAUGCUGCCCUCACAAUUAGACCACAGGACUAUUUGUUGUGGAAUCGUCUUGGAGCCACGUUAGCAAAUGGAGAUCGGAGUGAAGAAGCUGUUGAGGCUUAUCAAAGAGCCUUGGAAAUUCAACCUGGCUUCAUCCGAUCAAGGUACAAUCUGGGAAUCAGUUGCAUAAACCUAGGAGCUUACAGAGAAGCUGUCAGCAACUUCCUUACAGCCUUGAACUUACAGAGGAAGAGUCGAAGCACACAAUUCUGCCAUCAAUUCAUUUCAGGCAGUAUCUGGACAGCUGUCAGGAUAGCGCUUUCUCUGAUGGACCAGCCUGAACUCUUUCAAGCAGCACAUGUAGGAGACCUUGAUACCUUACUGAAAGCCUUUAAUAUGGACUGAUUUACAUUCAACAUUUAAGGAUAUAUAUGGUAGGGAUUUCCAUGUAAAUAUAAAGUUUGCUGUCUGUAUCAGGAUUUUUACAGUUAAGUUUACUUCAGAAUUUUCAUGGGGAGUACUUGACCAUUCCUAAAUGGUAUCCAAUGGUUUUACAGUCAUUUUCUUAAAAUAGACAAAUUGGAUUUAAUCAAAAUUCAAUCAAAAAUGUGUUGUUCACAGCCAAUUAUUAUUUUAAGAUACAGUAUACUUUUUAGGUGAGAGUAUUUAAAAGAUAAAUGACAAUUAUAACAAUGUUUCAUACAUUUGAUAAAGUGAGAUAAUGCUUUUUUUCCUCAUUUAGAAUGUAUAAACAGUGCACGAGUCAUUGUGAUCAUUGAAACUUAUCAUUGUAACUGUUUUCCCCACUUGCGAGUUGGGAAGUAAUGCACUUUAAUUAAGAUGUUGAAUAUGAUCAGAACAUCCCCUCUCAAUGAAGGCUAAAAUUUGAAGUAGACCUCAAUAUAGAAUGAAUUAAAGAAUCGAUAGAUCAAGUGAACAUUUCAUAUCGAAUGUACUUAUAUGGUAUAAAUUUGAACAUUGAAGUCUUACCUGCAUCCAAUCUACAGAACAACAACUCAGUUCAACCAAGAUUUGUUACUUAACUAUCUAGACAGUAACUCAACCGAAGCUUUGUUGCAGAAAGUGGAAGUUAGCUGGAUAGAAACACAUCAGGAAUUUGCAUGCCGUCCUUGUAACACCAUUUAAAUCUUAUUUGUAACACUUCAAUUUUACAAUAAGUUCAGGGAAAGAAAACUUGAACAUUAAUUAGUUUUAUUUGAUAACAAUAAUGAAGAUUGUUUUCUAUUACUCCACACCUUUGACUUUUGUUACAUUUCCCCUCUCACCAAACCUGCAGGUGAUUGCAUUUUUCAUCACAGGUGUUGACAAGCCCACCUAUAUUAUAUGAUAAUUCUGAAGUGAUGAGACACAACUUCUGCUGGGGUGAAAAAAAAAGAUAGAGAGUGUGAGAGCAUAGACACACAGUAAAGUUACUGAUAUUCCUUAAAGCAUACUGUUAUUUACAAAAAGUACAUUCAUUAAGCUGUAAGGAAUAUAUUUCUGCAUCAACACAGUUCUAUUAAAUUUCUCUAGGUCUUUCCCUUAUUGUAGAAUAUUUUUACUUCUGUCCAAAAGAUUUAAAACUGAUGUAUAAGUUUGAAUUGGUUUUCUCCUAUUUGGGUUACUCUUUGGCUACCCAAAAGGAUACUGUAUGUUAAAAGUCAACUUUUUAAAGAUUAAGAUAGUAAAAUAAAUUUUCUAUUGAAUCCAGACUAGAAUACGACUAAAUAUGAAAGCAGUUAAAUUUUAUUUCAUUUUAAUUAUUUUGUGAUUUAGUUUCGAUACUCAUCUAUAAAAUGACUUAUUGUUUCAAUUUAUCUAUCAUCUUUAUAAUUUUGCAAAAUUUUCAACAAAGCCACUGCAAAUUUUUCAUAUUUUGUACCAGGCUUAAAAUGUCACAGGAUUUAAACUCAGUUAUAACUGAAACCAAAAGAGUACACCAGAAAUGCAAAAUUGUCUGGAUAAAGCAGAAUGAGCUGCUAAAUCUGCAAGCAAGGAUUCAAAACUGAAUAAACCCUGAAAAUUUAGGUUUUGUUAUUCAAAAGAAAGCAUGCAAAAGGGAAGUAAUUUAAUAUCAAUAUGUUAUGAAGCACGUUGUAUUCCAAAACAAUUUCUAUGCCAGUAACAAGUUCUUUAGGAAUAUCGUGCUGUAAUAGAAUUAAAAUGCUGCAUUGCACUGAAUGAAUUUGGCCAUUAUACGUAUGUAUUUAAGCUGCACCAUUCAGAAAAUAUAUUUCCUAUAAAUAUAGGGAGAGAAAAACACUGUUGUGGUUUUGGAUUACCUAACUACAUUCCUAGCAUGCAAAAAUGUUACCAUUAGGCUUUGAAAGACAAUUCUUCUUUUCUUUGUGUUCCAUAAUCUUUUAUUUUACAGAUGUUGUUUUUCCUUAAAUAUGAUGUGGUUUACAACAUAUUCAAUGUAAUGUUAGUGCAUGAGGUGAGGGAUAAAUAGCUAAUCAACUGUUGAAUAGCGUGAAAUACAUCUUGCAGUUGUACUAAAAAUCAAUAGGAAUUUCAUAUCUUUAAAAUUUACCAGCAGAGAUGUUUUAGUAGACUUAAUACUAUUCAAACUGCAUUUUCAUUGCUACUAAUUGAAAACUUGGCUAAGCUGAUAAAACAAUUGUUUCUGUUGGAAAACUGUGGAACUCCCAAAUGUUUUCAACAUGACAAUGGACUUCAAGAAAUACUGCAAAGUUCACAGCCAUUUUAACAAAAUAGAGCAUACUUCAAAUACUUAAACUUAUUCUAGAGAACAUUUCAACAAGCCCAUAGAAUUGCCAAUGGGAUAGAAAGUGACAUAAAUGUCAGUACAUUGUGAAUACUUGCACACUUUAUCCUCUGCUGCUUUUAACACACAUGAAACAACAUUAAUGCUAAGGUAUCCAGUAUUCAAGCACUUCUAUUAUUGCUUUAGCAGCACAUUGAAAAUCUACUUUCGUCUAGCAACAAUUAUCUGGUGUUUUGAGUCAUCUAGCAAACAUAGAUUAAAACUUCUUAAAAUUUUUGAGAAUUGCAUCCAAAUGUAAUAAUUUAAUCUUAUAGAAAUUCUUAUUGGUAGGUCAACUUUAUUUCUGAUAAUUAUAAAUUAUUAGUGGCUCUGUUUGAAAAUGUACAUCUGCAUGAGUUUGUCAAAAGCACCAUGGAUGACAUUAAAUGCAUGAAUUAUAAAGUAAUAAUGCUCUACAAUAUAGUUAGCUAUGAGAGGGGAAAAUAUUCUCUCACACAUGGUGUAGCAAAAGGAUUAACCUAUAUUUUAGCAAAGCUUUUAUGAUUUUAUUAUACCAAAAGCACAAAGGAAAUCUUACCCCAUUCUUCAUUGAAAGUAAAUUCUCAUUUGCAUUAAUUCACACCUCUGUUUGCCUAUUUAUAAGUAUGUUUUGAUAAUAUACAGAAACUAUUUAUGUAAACAUUUUUGGUUCUUAAAACCAGGAUCAUAACCACACAGUAUUUUUCUCAAUGCCCUUAUAUUGUUUAAUAUGAAUUUAGUAGCAUGAUUAUGCUAGCAGCAAUUGAUAACUUUUUUCCGAAACAAUUUGUUUCCAUUUGGGAACUAUUUGUAAGAAAUGAACUGUCUAGUUCUGAGGGACUUUGACCCCAUUGUACAUUGAGUGAUAAAAUCACUAGGGUGUGAAACUAUUUGCAGGUAAUACAAAUGUACAAAUACUUCUUGAGGCUUCAUACUGGCAUUUGCACAAAAUAAGACUGCCAGUGUAGCAUGUGAGGAUUUCUGAUAUGUACAGAACAUGAUAAGUUAUUUAAAAUAAAGUCAAAUAUGCACAAGUUACUUGCUGUUCAGAUUUUCUCAAUUAAAAUACUACCUUUG